UUACUUCGGUUUUUGCGUUCUUCUGAGGAACGUUCUCGAGAGUUCUCGCCGGGAACGCAGUCGUUCACGCCCGCGCGCCCUACAAUCCGUUCAGGUGUACUAAGUCCCGUGAGAAAUAGGCGCGCAUAUUUGAAUGACAAAUAAGUAAAAAGCCGCGACAAUUCAAACGAGAGAAAAUUAAUUUCGACGCUCGCUGAGAGAGGCUCGCAUAUACAUAGAGACACAGCCUCCCUGAAAGACUUUCGCGAAUACUUUGUGCGACUGGCUACUAUACUAGUCUCUCCCUCUCUCUCUCUCUCUUUCUCUCUCCCUACGGCUGUCUCUCCUCUGACUCCCUCUCGUGCCGUUAUACAUUCGCGAGCGGUGCACCAAACGCUGGUAAACGUAUCCAGUUCUCGAACGACGGGCUCAUCGAGGAACUGCCUUGUUAUCCCCGUACCUUGACAAGGCCUGAGACUGUUCUAGUUGUUUAUUUUUAAUUACCUCGGUUUAUUAUACACAUUUUUUUUCACUUCUUUUUUUUUGAGUGAUGGCGCAACUCAUUAGCGUCAAGUUAUCGCGAUUCGACGGUUCGCCCUGGGGAUUCCGUCUUCAGGGGGGCAAGGAUUUUGGCACGCCGCUUGUCGUUCAAAAGGUCAAUGGCGGUUCCCCGGCGGAAGCUGCUGGUCUCAGGGCAGGCGAUGCCGUUAUCAAGGUUAAUAAUACUGAUAUGUUCAACCUGAGACACAAGGAGGCGCAAGACGUCAUCGUCAAGGCUGGAAAUAAUUUUGAAAUCACCGUUCAAAGGGGCGGAAGCACGUGGAAACCCAGCGUUUCACCUGUCACGGCAUCUCUGCCUUCUCCACAGCCGGCUGCACCAGUUAGCAACGUGGCUCCGGUCACGAAAACUUCAUUGGCUGCUAAGAAACAGGAUGGUCCUCUUAUUGGAAGUGGACACAACUUCAGUCCCAAACCUUUCCUUAAUGGCACUGGCGAAGGACCAAUCAAAUCGAUCGUCAAUAAACAAUAUAACAGUCCUGUUGGAAUUUACAGCGAAGAAACCAUUGCGGAGACUCUAUCCGCUCAGGCUGAAGUCCUUGCUGGCGGAGUCCUUGGAGUAAACUUCAAGAAGAACGAGAAAAAUUACAAUGCCGAGAACAGCGAGGUCUUCAAGAUGGUCCAGGAAGCUGACAAGGAGCCAAAGACUCCUGAACCCGUUUCCGCGUGGACGGAUUUUUACUCUUCGGUCAGCCACGCCGUUGGCGGAAGGGCGACCUCACCGAGGUCCCCGACGCCCCUGAGUCUCGCGAUGGGUCAGCAGUUUUCGAAUUUCCGGCAAACCGCGACACAGCGAUAUCAGCGGGACGAACGUGCGAACGCGAAAGCCGUCGACGGGACCGCGAAGUCCGACUGCACCGUGUGUCACAGCUGCGAUAAAGUCAUCGUCGGUGUCUUUGUAAGGAUCAAGGAAAAGAAUCUUCACGUGGAGUGUUUCAAGUGUUCAACCUGUGGAACAUCCCUGAAGAAUGUUGGCUACUACAAUAUCAACAACAAAUUGUACUGCGACAUCCACGCGAAGCUCGUUGCCAGGCAAAACGCACCUGCUGGCCUUGCACCUGUCACCAUCCCAACCAGCGGCAAAGCUCCAGCUGGAACAAUCUCAGCCGCCCUGGCUAACGUUGGAGCAGGAUCACCCUUGGCACCAUUAUCACCAUCAUUGAAUAACCAUUCGUCCCCUCUGCCGUUCACUGCUUGCAAUCCCGCCAAUCAUAAUGGCCCACGGAUCGGAACGUCCCAGCCGCGCGAAAUGGCACACUGUACAAAUGGUACAAACGGCGCUCUUAAUCCCGCAUAUCAAACCGAGUCCUGCAACUCCACUAUCAACGGUUCGAAAACAUUCAGAAGCACCCUCACCAUACAGACCGCAGGCAACGAGGUCGGAAGUACCAACGAUAGGAUCCUUGCGAGCAAAAAUAACAUCACUAACUCACGCUUGAAUUCCGAAUCUAAUCGCACACCCAAGAUUGGGGAAGUUUGUGAGAUUAUAUUUAAUCCAGUAAUCUCUAACGAGCUUCCCGACGGAUGCUGCACGGAAUCCAAUGAACUGAAUACCUAUACGUUUCAUGUGAAUCAGCCCACCCGCCUUGGCACGUCGCCUGUCAACCCACCUAGUUUGCGUCCAGUCCAGGCUCCCACUUCCAAUAAUAUCGGUGGACCUAAACCAUUUGGAGGUUCCAGUAUCGCACCACCCAGCUUAUCAUCUCCACCGAUUGUCAACUCUGGUAGCAACACCCUGCCACGUCCUCAGAGUCAGACUGUUACCGAAAGCUAUCUGGAGGAAGCCGAGUACCGUGAGGUAUCUGAAAUCCAUAGGAACAAUUCGACAUCAGUAAAGUGUAAGAGCCUGGUCUGGCCACCUACCAAACCUAUCGAGGACGUAACAUAUCCAACAGCCUGUCCACUCUAUAUAAAUCCCAAUCCCGCUCUCAAUUGUAGACACCGAGAGCUCGCGAAAGAGAGUCGAAAGAGUCUGGACGUUGAGAGAAAGGAGACGCACGUAGAGUCGCGUGAAGUAGUAGAAAGGAUGGAGAAGGUGAGCUGUCCUGGUCCGGUAUAUCGGAGGGUCGAACUGGUCGGGAUACAUAAGGAUUCGCGUAGAGAGUCAAGAUCACGAGACAUGGUACCUAGAGCAUCGUCCAGGGAAUGCUCAUCCAGACCCGAGUCCAGAGAGAGCCUAAGAAGAUCCUUGACGCCUACGAAAAUUACUCAGCCGGUACCUCAGCCGUGGACAGCGACUGUAACUACUGGUACCAACCUCUAUCAGAAUACUUAUCCCAUCGAGCAGAAGGUAUGCCAGAAGUACAGCGAACGGCAGGUCUGUAAACACGAAAAGAUUAGUCAGAGGACUUAUCAGCAACCUCAGAGUUACCAGCAGGAGGAUACUUACCGCGAGGAGAGAUAUCAGGAAAAGACAUCGGAAGCACCUCAGAUAUGUCAACAGCCUAAGGUCUAUCAUCAGACUCAGGUAUGCGAGUACCUGCAGGAAGCUGAGCCGCCGUCGGAAAGGUCCGUGGUCCAGAGUAAGGCUGAGGAACGUGAUCUGUCGGAAUUGGUCCCACCGAACGUUGCAGUAUGUCCAAAGGGCGUAGAGGGAGAGCAUGAUUAUUAUACCGAGACUCUGGAGAAGGACGUAGGUCCUUUGCACAUAAAGAAGACCACUGUUUAUGAAAAGACUGUAGAACUCGUCUCGCCUGAUCGUGCAGAUUCACCGGGACUCACGGAAGUUGACAGGGCCGAAGAGAUGGAGGUUCAGCAGAUCACUGACGGAAGGACGCCGACCUUUGACCAAGAAGUUGAGGAUAUUUCCGGUAGGAGGAGCGUUGCUGAAUCUGCGGAGGUCGUGACUUCCGUUGUAGAUACUCAGCAGAUGAUUGAAAGAAUAAAGAGAGAGGAGGAGGAAGAGAGACAAGAGGAAGAGCAACGUCUAGAGGAGGAGAGGUCCAGGUCGAUUCGUGAGAAACGUGUCAGCUUCAGUGAGCAACGUGAGAUCCGUGAACAGCAGCAACAGCAGCAACAGCUACUGGAGGAACAUUCUGAACAAUACAUUGAACAGACCGAGCAGACAGAAGUAGAGGAAACGCAAGAGGUAGCUGAGGAACGCUACCGGGAAUUAAAGGAGGAGAUCCAGAUACAGGAAAGCUUCCGGCAGCGGGAACUCGAAGAGCAGAGAAGACAGAGUCUCCGAGAACAGGUCGAGGUUCAUCAGAGUCUCAGAGAGCAGCAGGCACCAGAGAAGCGUCAGAAUCUACAGGAACGUAGACUCUGCGCAAGGUUAAGUCAAGCAGGUGCCCCGCAACAGGAAGUCGUGAGCGAGACCAAGAAGCACGUACAGUUCACGAAGCAGACAGAGUCCGGAGUUCAGGCAUUACCGCCAACGACAAUAAAGAAUUCUACGCCGAAAGAAUGGAAGUCGGAAAUGGUUCGUGCUUUGACCACCGCGCCAGCUAGAUCUUAUUCUCCUUUCGCAGCCUCCAACCCUGACGACACAAAUUUCAAUGAAAGUUACAACAACGAAUACACGUACGAGGAAAUACGUCAAGUAACUCCAAACGACGAUGGCACCACUACUUACUUAACCAGGUUCUCCAGCAGCCCGUCUCACGCACAGGAAACCCCUGGGCCCGUGAGGUCCGUAUCACCGUUUCAGGAGGCAUUGACCACCGCACCGGAUCGUCCUUAUACUCCACUGGGAGACUCUCAGGAAAUGGAGGAAAUGCAAAUUGAACCCUGCUACGAGUCCAGUGAAUGCAGGGAGGAAGUUCAGAGACCAGCGAGCAACUGUCAGACCAAAUUCUUCCGCGAGGAGAACAGGAUGGAACGUAAGGUCGAUGAGACGAAGUUGAAGGAUCCUGUCGAGUGUUACGAGACCACGGAAUAUUAUAUAGAGCGUAGUUCAAAGCCGCCGUACCAUACCACUGAAUACAUAGAGCAACGUAGAUCCAUACCUGAUGAACAGUAUCAGGAGCUGUGUAGAACCCAGAAGCCAGUCGAAUCCUACGAAUCCACUGAGUACUACGAACAAAGAAGGUCGCAAACGCCCUCGGUCCCUGCUGUUGAAAAUUCCGGUUAUUGUGCACCCGCUGACAUUUUAUACAUAGAUUCGAAAACCCGUGAGAUAAUGCAGAGGGAACGUAGUCUGUCCAGGAAGUCAAUGACACCGCAGCCAUUACCGACUCCGCCACCAGAUUAUCGCUUACGGGACUCAUCCAGGUCGCCCACGCGAUCUCGGCCUGAAACUCCGGCGAAUAGAUCAUUAAUGACUGGAUUAAAAAAACCUGACACUAUUCCGUCAUAUCAGAGGAACUUGGUAUGUAUGAAGAAGGGUCCAGUCGAUGGACAGACUUAUAUUCCUAGUAGAUCACCUACACCGACUCCAGGUAGAUCCAAGUCACCUGCUCAGGGCCCUCCUGAACCUCCCGCAUGCUUCUUAAAGGCUCAAGCUCCUAAGGUCAGGGAUGAUACUCCACCAAAGGGUAAACAUACUACUGUGAGUUCCUAUACGACUACGCCUAAAGGCGCUACUGUAUCCUAUCACUACGAGGAGGACACUCCGACAGGACACAGAGUCCAGGAUUACACCGAGAAGAAGUCCAUGUCCUACUGCGAUGAUUCGGGCACUACGCACCAGUCUAGCCAACAGUUCUAUAAAGUUGAUGACGUCGCUACCGAGGAAUCUAAAAAAGAGUACAGCUCGUCGGUACAAAGAACGAAGCAAAUCAGCGAAGACUACGAGGAGAGUCAAAGAAGGUUCGAACUAGUUAAGUCGUACGAAGAUGACGAAACGAAUUAUUCCCAUAGAGUAGAAAGGGGAAAAGACCUCAAGGCAGGAUGUGCCGUAAGCCAAGUAACUAGGUCGCAGCCUGUACUGCCCUGUCCGAUAGCGCGCGCGCCACCGUCAGAGAAGUUUCCAAAAACUGGAGUGUGCGUUCUACCGCCUUGUCCAAAGGUAGUGAGCUGUGAGCGCUCUCAGGUCUAUCAGAAGAGCAGUCAGCAGCAGGUAUGCCAGAGAACGGUGUCGCAGUCGCAGCCCAGCGCGUUCUGCGCCAGGUCCAGGCCCUGCCCGGACACAGGAGUGACGGUGCUGCCAUGCAAGGCGGUGUCAGAUGCUGGAACUAAGGCUGGGGUAGUGGUGGUACCAUGCGAAGGACCUUCUUCAUCGUGCUCUCAGUCAGGCAUCUGCGUGGUACCCACCAGAGAUCGUAAAGGAGUCUGCGUGUCUCCGUGCUACGGUUUACAGUCAGGAACCUGUGGACAACCGUCGGGCUCUUGCGGAAAGCGUUCCGGUGGUUGUAACCUGGACGUGGGUGGCUGUUCGGAUUCUGGAGUCUGCGUGGCUCCCUGCGGGGAUGGUUCCGUGUGCGUCGCACCCUGUACCAUCCCGGGAGUAUCGUCAGUCCGAUGUCCGAAGCCAAUAUUGAAGAACCAGUGUCCUGUCAAUGCCAAGUCUUUGCCAUUUCCUCAGAUCCCUUUUCCCUACGAGGAUGAGGAUCCGUCCCCAAACAUUCAGAUCCCUGCCAUCCCCCCGAUACAAGAACCCAACGACUUAGGCUUUCAGCCUAUUCACAAACCGCGCACUAAUCUUACGAAACAGCUUACGCAACUCACCCUGAAGAAGGACAAGCACGUAGUCCAGCUGUACAAACCCCAGGCCCAAUGUACAUCCCAGAACCAAUCGUGUCCCAAACUCGCCCCGACUAGUAAAACCCAGAAUUUAGUAGACCCACCAAAUUUGUCGUCCCACCCGGAUCUAGGUUCCGGCGUUGGAGGACUUCCUGGACAAGGCUCCAAGAGCGGCUCCUUCGCUGGUAGCAGCGCACCGAAACGUGGACGUGGAAUACUUAAUCAAGCUAGUGGUCCAGGAUCCCGUGUGCCACUCUGUGCCCACUGCAACUCCUACGUCAGGGGACCCUUCAUUACCGCCCUUGGACAAAUCUGGUGUCCUGAUCACUUUGUUUGCGUCAAUGGACAAUGUCGUCGACCACUGCAGGACAUUGGUUUCGUCGAGGAGAAGGGUCAGCUCUACUGCGAGUAUUGCUUCGAACAGUUCAUUGCACCGCCUUGCAACAAGUGCAACAACAAAAUCAAGGGCGACUGCUUGAACGCCAUUGGAAAACAUUUCCAUCCUGAAUGCUUCAACUGUUCCUAUUGUGGAAAACUCUUUGGCAACAGUCCCUUCUUCCUGGAGGAAGGAUUGCCAUACUGUGAAUCCGACUGGAACGAAUUGUUCACCACGAAAUGCUUCGCUUGCGGAUUCCCAGUGGAAGCUGGUGACCGUUGGGUAGAGGCCCUCAACAAUAAUUAUCACAGCCAGUGCUUCAACUGCACGAUGUGCAAGAAGAAUCUCGAGGGUCAGAGCUUCUACGCGAAGGGUGGACGUCCCUUCUGCAAGAAUCACGCUCGCUAAUCCCCGCAUCCCAUAAUUACUUCUUCGAAUAACGUAAAAGCUAUGAAAACACAAAAAAAUAGUUUGACAAAAAAACGGCAGAGUAUGAAAGAGGAAGAGUGAAAGAGCACUAAGAAUAAGCAUACCCUUGCCAGGUAUCAAAGAGAAAAGUUAUCGUGCACGGAGUUUAUCUAUCGGUAGUCGUAUGUUUUCUUUGGCAAGAAUUAUUUUCACUAAUCCAUUACGAUUAAGCGCAUAUCCACGAUUUGUCGAGUGUAAUCAAAGGUAAAAUAGCAAAAGAGAAAGAAGAAACGUGCCAUUAUCGUUACUCCAUAUCACCUAUGGGAAUGUACGAAUCAGUAACGAAAUUCUCCAUGACAUUUUUCUCAAUAUCUAGACAAUCAAUGAAAAGAUAACAAAAGUCUCCCCCAAAAAAAAAAUCAAAAACCCUCAUUGACACAUGAGAGAAUACAAGAAUAAAAAAAAUGGUAAUAACGUAAUAGUCUAUCGAGUGACCUAAGCGAUGUAAAUUAUUGGAAAAUUUAUGUACGAAAAAAAAAAAAACAUAAGAAUUGUGUAAUGAAUUAUCGACACACAAGUACCUAUGAAUAUAUAUACAUAUAUAUAUUACGCGUAUCCAUAACGAAUGAGCGACGGGUGUAUGUUUUCGCUGAAGAUAUUUAAUAGCUUUAUUAAAAUACAGGUAAAUUAAAAAAAAAAGAAGAAAACAAGAGAGAAGAUUAAGAUAGAGUAACUAAUUAAAUUUAAGAUACGCCCACUUCAUCCGAGCAAGGAAUCGGUGACGUCGCGACGUCUUGCGCCUUUUAAAUUCGCGUCGCGACGUUUCCGUCGAACGCUACUCGGGGUUAAAGUCCAUCCUACGAUCGACUGUUGAAGUUUAUCCUAUGACUUAGACGUAGAGAUUAAUCGUUAUCGAAUUAAACGAACGUAUCGGCGCGAACCGAUCAUCCACGAGGACUUAAUUAAAUAGUUGCCAUAUUUAUGUUGUAUUAUAGAGGAGGUUACCGAUAACCGUGCCAUCGCUCGUGCUCGCCUCAGAGUUAGUCAUAAUAAAGUAUAUAUCCUUGAUUGGUAUCGGUUCGUUAAAUUAGGCCAGACGAUGAUAACGAUGAUAAUGAUAAGUACGAUAAGGGUGGGACGGGGCACUACAGUGAAACGAUAUGGGAGGGUGGGAAGUAUAGUGUACUAUAUUAGGAAUUAAGAACCUAAUUAAUAACCGUCAGAAUCGCGUUGUGAGAUAAAACGAGAUGGAAAAAAAAGCAUAAACGAGAAAUUCUAAUCGUAUACAGAAAAGCGAGCCAAGUCGCAAAAUAUCAAAUGCUAGUUAUUAAUAUCCGUACAUAAUAAAGAGUCCCCGAAUGCGGCCUUUGUAUCCCCACUACGUGUUGCUUACAAUAAA